CGCCGACGUGCUGAGGAGGGGAAGAAAAUCAUUUUCGACCUCCAGCAUCCACCCUCGAGUCGACCACUUCGCUCCAUCGUCGAACACGAUCACCAUGGCAACUGGGAAGGCAGAUGAAGAGUACGACUACCUCUUCAAGGUCGUGCUGAUCGGGGACUCUGGAGUGGGCAAAUCGAAUCUUCUCUCGCGCUUCACACGCAACGAGUUCUCGCUCGAGUCCAAGUCAACCAUCGGCGUCGAAUUUGCCACGAAAUCCAUUCAGGCCGAAGGCAAGACGAUCAAAGCACAGAUUUGGGAUACGGCUGGGCAAGAAAGGUACCGUGCGAUCACGAGCGCGUACUACCGUGGCGCCGUCGGAGCCUUGCUCGUUUACGACAUCACCAAGCACCCGACGUUUGAAAACGUCGAGCGAUGGUUGAAGGAAUUGCGAGACCACGCCGAUGCUAACACCGUGAUCAUGCUUGUCGGAAACAAGAGCGACCUGCGUCACUUGCGCGCCGUUCAAACUGAAGAGGCGAUGGCGUUUGCUGAAAAGCACAAUUUGGCCUUCCUCGAGACAUCGGCGUUGGAUGCCACGGGAGUCGAUACGGCCUUCCAGCGCAUCCUUACGGAGAUUUACAACCUUAUGAGUCGCAAGACGAUGCAGGCCGAGGAGCAUUCUGCGAGCUUGCCCCAAGGCAACAAGAUCGAAAUCAACUCUGACAACGCGCCGACUGCCGCCGCGGCUAAGGGGUCCAAGAAGAAAAGCGCGUGCUGUUAAAUCGCCUUCCCAGACAGCGUCGUAUAUAUUUUAAAAUCCUCUGAGAAUUGCUUUCACAAUUCCCCACGUUUUUACAACACUCAAAUUUCCGUCCAAUUUCGGACUAU